GCCGUCGCCGUCCCCGUUCCGCGACCAGACGACCCCAUGGCGGCCACGGCCUCCUCCCUCCUCGCCGCCGCCGCCUCCGUCUCCACCUCCCGCGCGGCCAUCUCCCCCCGCGCGGCCGCCUCCGCCCCCUCCUCGUCCCGCCCUCCCCUCCGCGCCUCCCCCGCGAGGGCCCUCCGGAGCCGCCGCCGCGGCGUCGCCGCCAGCGCCGCCCCCGCGAUGCAGCCGCCGGCGGUGUCCAGGGUCUCCACCGUGGUCGACGUCGACCUCGGCGACCGGAGCUACCCGAUCUACAUCGGCCCCGGCCUCCUCGACGAGCCCGAGCUGCUGCAGAGGCAUGUGAUCGGGAAGAGGGUCCUGGUGGUGACCAACACCACCGUCGCGCCGCUCUACCUGGAGAAGGUCACCUGGGCGCUGACUUACCAAAACCCCAACGUGUCCGUCGAGAGCGUCGUCCUGCCCGACGGCGAGAAGUACAAGGACAUGGACACGCUGAUGAAGGUGUUCGACAAGGCGAUCGAGUCGCGGCUGGACCGUAGAUGCACAUUCGUCGCGCUAGGCGGCGGCGUCAUCGGGGACAUGUGCGGGUACGCGGCCGCCUCGUUCCUCCGCGGCGUCAAUUUCAUACAGAUACCCACGACUCUGAUGGCCCAGGUCGAUUCGUCUGUUGGAGGCAAGACUGGGAUUAACCAUCCGCUGGGGAAGAACUUGAUUGGGGCGUUCUACCAGCCGCAAUGUGUGCUCAUAGACACGGAGACGCUGAAUACGUUGCCCGACAGGGAGCUGGCUUCAGGCGUUGCUGAGGUGGUGAAGUACGGGCUCAUAAGAGACGCGCCCUUCUUUGAGUGGCAGGAGAAGAAUAUGGCGGCAAUACUAGCGAGAGAACCAAGUGCUCUGACCUAUGCUAUAAAGAGAUCGUGUGAAAACAAAGCUGAAGUUGUUGCUCAGGACGAGAGGGAAGGUGGCCUUCGAGCAACACUAAACCUGGGCCAUACAUUUGGUCAUGCUAUAGAAACAGGUCUUGGCUAUGGAGAAUGGCUCCAUGGGGAGGCUGUCGCUGCUGGAACAGUUAUGGCAGCUGAUAUGUCUUACCGUUUGGGCUGGAUAGACGAGUCCAUACAAAAACGAACAUUUGACAUACUAGACCAAGCCAAGCUUCCUGUUGCACCGCCAAAAGGCAUGACAGUGGAGAAGUUCAGAAACAUCAUGGCUGUUGACAAGAAAGUUGCGGAUGGAUUGCUGAGGCUCAUCCUUCUGAAAGGACCUCUGGGAGGCUGUGUUUUCACCGGCGAAUACGACAGGAAAGCCCUGGAUGAAACCCUUCAUGCAUUCUGCGACAACUGAUCCUUCUCAGUUGGAACUUCAGGAGUCAAGACUUUUGU